AGUAGAGAGACAAAAUAUACUGCGAGAACAGUUGCAGAGGCAGAGUGGAAACAAGAACAGAUGCAGAAAUCCACAAAAAAGGCCUCCUCACAUUGAUUGAAUCUCUCCGAAGAAGAAGAUGAUGAUGACGACAACAGCGCUUUAAUCUUUAAUUCGUUCACACAAUCGAUCACCCGUCUCUUUCCCCAUCAUCUCACCCUUUUCCUGCUCUUCCCCCCUUCUCAAAAUUACCAAUAUGCCCUCCCGCCGCCUCCUCUCCUCGCCGCCGCCGGGCCCCCACUCCACCCGCCUCCUCCCCCCCCUCGCUGGGGGGUUAACCGCAGCCUUUUCGUGUCUCCUCCUUCUGAUUUACUGCUACCGUCGAAUCACGAAGAAACGCACCGCCCCUUCGGCCUCCGAUACCGAUUCGAAGAAACCCCCUCACCAGGUCUCCUACUCCCUCCUCCGCCGCGCGACCUCGAAUUUCUCCCCGGCGCUGAGAAUCGGACAAGGUGGCUUCGGCUCGGUGUACCGCGCCGACCUCAAGCAAGGGCAGGGCAUCGGGCUCCACGUUUCCAAGGACUCGAUGUUAACCGCCUCCAAUCUGGCGGUUAAGGUUAUGGAUGCUGGAUCUCUGCAGGGCGAGCGGGAGUUUCAGAACGAGCUGCUGUUCUCGUCGAAGAUCGACUGUAAGUAUGUCCUCUCCGUUGUAGGUUUUUCCUCGAAUCCCCGUAAGCGUAGGAUGCUUUUGAUUUACGAGUUAAUGGAGAACGGUAGCUUACAAGAUUGUCUGUUUCAUAAGAAAAGUGAGGAAUUGAAAAAUUGGGACAAGAGAUUUCUGAUUGCUGUUAGUAUAGCCAAAGGAUUGGAGUAUUUGCACCAUUAUUGCGAUCCCCCAAUCAUCCAUGGCGAUAUUAAACCUAGCAACAUACUGUUGGAUGCAAAUUUCAAUGCUAAAAUUGGGGAUUUUGGGCUGGCUAGGUUUAAGGCUGAUGAGAAUAAUAAUGUUGUUGAAGGAGAUGAUAAUAAGAAGGAUGGAAGUUUGGGGAAUGUGUUGGAGGACAGUGGUUCGGUGGCGGAGACGGAGAGUGUGAUUACGACGAGCGGAUUUGAGGAAGUUAGUAAUGUUCUUAAUCAUGGAGUUGUUGAUGGUUCGCCGGAGAGUGUGGUUCUUAGGGUGGAGACUUCGCCGGAGGCUGUAGGCGGUGUUUAUUUGUCGCCGGAGACAGAACCUGUGGUGUCGCCGAGGAUGAUGGCGUCGAUCGCCUCUCCUUCGGAAGGAUUAGAGAAGAGUCAGGCUAGUGUGGUGGAGGGGAGUUUCGAUAGGGCGAGCGUGGGGAGUGAAGAAAGGAGUGCACGCAAGAAGAAGAAGAAGACGAAGAGUGUUUCGGGGAAAGAUUGGUGGUGGAAACAAGAUCCGGCAGUGGCCGAUGGCGAGUCGGGGAAGGUUAAGGAUUAUGUGAUGGAAUGGAUUGGGAGUGAGAUUAAGAAGGAGAGGCCGAGGAGCGAUUGGAUGGGGUCUUCGUCGAGCGUGCAGCCGGUGGGGAAAGUCGACAAGAAGAAGAAGAAGAGACGGCAGCUGGAUUGGUGGGUUUCUUUGGACGACGAAAAGGAUGUGAAGAAGAAUCGGAGGAGACCCGCGAGGGAGUGGUGGAAGGAGGAGUACUGCGAAGAGCUCGAGAAGAAGAAGAAACGGAAGAAGAAGAAGCAGGGGAAAGGAUCGAUGAGCGACGAUUGUUAUAGUGAAAGUUGGUAUUCAAGGGACGAUGAGAUGUACGCGAAGCAUUCGCGGACUAACCGGAGCAAGAGUCGGGGGAGUAAAGGCAGCAUGGACUGGUGGUUGGAUGGCUUCAGCGGCGAGCUUUGGAAGGCGAGGAAAAAUAGCUACGAUUCGAUCAGCGGCGAGAUUCCGAGGAGCGGGAUUAGCAGCACGCCGAGCAUGAGAGGGACCGUUUGCUACAUUGCCCCCGAGUACGGCGGCGGAGGCGAUGUGUCGGAGAAAUGCGACGUCUACAGCUUCGGCGUUCUGCUGCUGGUUCUGAUUGCCGGGCGGCGGCCUCUCCAGGUUACGGGAUCGCCGAUGUCGGAGUUCCAGAAAGCGAAUCUGUUGUCGUGGGCUCGGCAUCUCGCCCGCGCCGGGAAGCUUCUCGAUUUGGUCGAUCAGAGCGUGCAUUCGUUGAAUAAAGAGCAGGCGUUGCUCUGCAUUACGGUGGCGCUGCUCUGCCUGCAGAAGUCACCUUCAAGUCGACCGAUGAUGAAGGAGGUCGUCGGGAUGUUGUCGGGCGACAUCGCGUCUCCGCCGCUGCCUGUCGAGUUUUCGCCGUCGCCGCCGUCGCGGUUUCCGUUCAAGUCUCAGAAGAAGGUCAGGUGAGUUUAGUUUACUUGUUAGAAAUUGGGGAUUUUUUUUUUUUUUUUUUUUUUUUUUUUAUUUGGGAUGAAUUUAUGUAAAA